CCCGUUUUUCCCUGCUUUGAGCUGCAGCUUUUCCCGGAACUUUCCCUCGGCAGAAGCGAUCCGUAAGACUUUUGCCACCUGGCCGUGGCUGGCCACUGUGCCAAGAUGCUGGGUGGUUUGCCACAGCAGCAGAUGAUGAUGCAAUUUUGGCAAGCGCAGCAGCAGCGGAUGCAGCUGGACCCCACCGCCGCUGCCGCCGCCACCGCAAUGGCUGCGGUGCCAAAGGCGGCACCAGCGUUGCCGGACACCAGUAGCAUUCCGUCCAAGGCCUCCGCGCCGGCGCCGGUGGCGACGACGCUCUCCGGGCUGCUGGGCGUGGCCUCGCUGCCGCCGGUCGCGCCGUCCAUCACGGCGCCGCACACGGCGCCGCACGUGGCGCACGUGCCGGCGCUGGCGCAGACGGCGGGCGCCGCGCUGAGCGCGGCGAUGACGCAGGUUGGGGUGAACGGGAGCCACUUUCCCUCCAUGGAAGAGCUGGCGACCAACUUCUCGACCGGCGCCACGGGAAAGACCUGCGCCGAUCAGGAGGUGAAGGUGCAAGAUCCCAUGGGACAAAUCCUCCCCAGCUUCUCCGGCUACGACAGCUUUGACGCUUGCCCCUUCCCGGCGGCGAUCAAGAACCAGAUCACGGCUGCUGGCUUUCCUGCACCUUCGCAAAUUCAGCAGUACUGCUGGCCCCUGGCCAUGCAAAACUUGGAUGUCAUCGGGGUGGCGGCCACCGGAAGCGGCAAAACCUUGGCCUUUUUGCUCCCGGCCUUUACCGACAUCUUGACCAAAGGCGUCGCCGCCGGCGACCCGUCGCUGCUGGUCAUCGCGCCCACGCGAGAGCUGGCGAUUCAGAUCCAGGAGGAGUCCGACAAGUUCGGCCGGGCGGCGGGCAUCCGCACCGUGUGCUGCUACGGCGGUGCUCCGAAGCCACCACAGGCAGAUCAGAUCCGCAUGGGGGUGCAUGGUGUGGUGGGCACUCCAGGGCGCAUUCAGGACUUCUGUGAGGGUGGCCAGCUGCGGUUGGGGCGUGUGGUGAAGCUGACCUUGGAUGAGGCGGAUCGGAUGCUGGACAUGGGCUUCGAACCGCAGAUCCGGAAGAUCCUCAUGCAGAUCCCCAGGCAGCGGCAGACGCUCUUCUUCACGGCGACCUGGCCCAUGGGCGUCCGGAAGCUGGCGAGCGAGUUCCUCAACGGGCCCUAUACGGUGACCAUUGGCAAUCGGGAUGAACUGAAAGGAAAUCAGGACAUCACACAGCAAGUCCUUUGCUGCACAGCGACGAACAAGAAUAUGAUCCUCAUCGAUCUGCUUCGCAAGGCGGGCGUGGCCGACCGCUCCAAUACCGCAGCCAAGGGCCUGAUCUUCUGCUCCACCAAGCGCCUGUGCAAUCAGCUCUCCGAGCAAUUGGAGAGGCAGGGCGUUCCCUGCUCCGCGGUGCAUGGUGACAAGGGGCAGCGGGAGCGUGAGGCCGCACUCUCGGGGCUCAAGGAGGGCAGGCUGAAGUUGUUGGUGGCGACCGACGUGGCGGCCCGUGGGCUGGACAUCAAGGGUGUGACGUUGGUGGUGAACUUCGACGCCCCGUCCAACACGGAAGACUAUGUCCACCGGAUCGGCCGAACGGGCCGUGCGGGGCAAAAGGGCCAUGCGGUGACCCUCAUCAACGAUCGCGACGCUCAUGCGCUUCGUGGCAUUGUCGAGGUGAUGCGACGGACCAACCAGGAGGUGACACCUCAAGUCGAAGAGAUGCUGAGGAGGGCAGGGCCAGCGCCGCCACCCAUGCGUCGCCAUGGGCGAGGCAAGGGCGGCGACGACUUCUUCUCGGGUGGCGGCCAUGGCGGUGGUCUGGGACACGGCGGUGGGCGUCCUUCUGGCCCAGGCUUAGCGGACUUGCCGCCGCGCGAGCCGGAGCCCAUUGUGCAUCGUCCUCCAACCAUGCCGGAUCGUGCUCCUCCUCCAGGCCCCGCGCGUCGCGAGCGCUCGCCGCGGCGGCGCUCCUCGACGCCGCGGCGGCCGCGGCGCAGCCCGACGCCGCGGAGGAAGCAGCGCAGUCCCAGCCGGAAGAGAAGCCGAAGCCGCCGCAGAAGGAGGCGAUCCAGCAGCAGCUAGCAAG